AUGUACACGCCACUGGCCAUUCUGCUCAUGACCUGCGCUUACAUCGUCUACCGAAUCUCGAGCUCAGCUAGACAAUCCCGCCUGGAAGCUGCCGAAGCUUCAGCCAACGGCUGUGAGCCACCAACAUGGUUCCAACAUGGCUGGCCCUUCGGCCUAGACUUCAUGUACAACAUCCUCCGGGCUGAUGUAGCGGGACGAGCGCCCGCAUACAUUAAGGAAUGCUUUGACACAUCUGAUAAUCAAGCAAAAACGAUCAGAUUCGCUCAGGGGCCAUCCGAUGGAUUCGUCACCUGCGAUCCGGAGAAUAUCAAGGCGUUGCUCUCAACGCAAUUCAGUGAUUAUGGAUUGGGAUAUCUCCGCAUUGGCCAAUUCGGACCUGCAGUAGGGUCAGGAGUUUUUACUCAGGAUGGCAAAGCUUGGGAACAUUCAAGAGCUCUACUUCGACCACAGUUCAAUAGAGAACAACUCUUGAAUCUUGAAACGGCAGAGACGAAUAUCCAAAACUUGAUGAAACACCUAGACGUGGAGUUGGCAACUAGAUGGACUCGAGAGAUCGACCUGCAACGCCUCAUCGUCAACCUCACUCUCGAUGGAGCUACCGAAUUCCUCUUUGGCGAAUCUGUCGAAGCGCAAUUGACCGCUCUUCAGGAUAGGAACCAUGGGCAGACCUCGAGCCGGCCAUUGGGGAAAGAUCAGCUGCACAGCCAUGCUGCAUUGGCAAGACUGUUUGGGCAGAAUUUUGACAACAUGAUGCGGGGAGUGGGAUAUCGAACACGAAUGCUCGACAUGUACUGGCUCUACGAUACGCCAUCGUUCCGGCGCUCGAUCCGUGGAGUGCACCAAUUUGCCGACCAUUACGUGCAACUCGCGUUGUCGAAUCAGAAGAAACCUAAGCUCGACACAGAUUCGUUCAGUGAUGGUACCGAAGAGUCGUCCCCUCGCUAUACCUUUCUCACCGCGCUCGCCGCGGAAACGCAGGAUCCCGUGGUACUCCGCUCCCAAUUGCUGAAUAUUCUCCUCGCUGGCCGUGAUACCACUGCGGGUCUGAUCGGUUAUAUCUUCCAUAUCCUAUCCCUGCCUCGCAAUGAGAAGUGGUAUCUUUGGCUUCGAGCAGCGAUCCUACGAGACUUUGGACCAUACCAUCAAUCACCGGGUCAAAGUCAGAGCUACAAAUCCAUCACCACUGCCUCGCUUCGAACGUGUCCUGAACUUCUCGCCAUCAUCCACGAAACCCUCCGUCUCUAUCCUCCGGUCCCCAUCAAUUCACGACUCCCUCUACACGCCUCUGCGACCCUUCCUCGUGGUGGUGGACCCAACGGCCAGUCACCGAUCUUCCUCCGCAAGGGCGAAAAUUGCGACUACUCAGUGUACAUCAUGCAACGGCGCAAGGACAUCUGGGGUACGGAUGCCGAAAUCUUCAAUCCCGAACGCUGGCUCGAUCGCCAAGACGGAUCGUGGAAAACCGCCAUCGGUAGUGGGAUCGAUGACGGACGAUUUCUGCCGUUCAACGCAGGUCCCAGAAUCUGUUUGGGCAUGAACUACGCCAUCACCCAGACGAGUGUGGUGGUGGUUCGGCUCCUGCAGCGGUUCGAGGCUAUGGAGAGGUGUAUUGAUCGAGAAGUCGAGGAUAGUGGAUUCAGUGGCGCGAAUCCCGAGGACAGGUGGAGGAAGCUUCGAAGUUAUGCGGGCACAGGCAAUGGAAAGCGUGGGAUUGAUGAUGUUGUUGCCAUCGACGAUGCAGAGGAGAAGGAGAAUCCCCGGACUGGACAGGGGAUUACUUGGGGAAGGAUGAAGUAUGGGGUUGUCAUCAUGCCUGAGAAGUUGUGGGUCAAGUUCAGGGAGGCAUAA